AUGGAGCCAGAGCUUUGCUUCGAAUCCAUCAAUGGCUCCUGUGUAAAGACCACCCGUCACUUGGCCGUGCGGUUAAGCCUCUACCUGGUUCUGGGGGCCACAAUCCUCCUGACAGUGUUUGGAAACCUGCUGGUCUGCAUGUCCAUUAUAUAUUUCAAGCAGCUGCAAACUCCCACCAACUUCCUGAUCCUGUCUCUGGGGAUGUCCGACCUGCUGCUGGGCCUGCUGGUCAUGCUGCCCAGCAUGACACAAGUUGUGGAGUCUUGUUGGUACUUUGGCAACUUCUUCUUGGACCGACAUUACGCAGUGUGUCACCCUCUAAUGUACAGGAGGAAAAUUACACUAAGUGUGGUGCUGCUGAUGAUUCUGAUCGCGUGGUCUGUGUCUGCCCUAACCGGCUUUGGGAUGAUUUUUAUGGAGCUGAAUAUCUGGGGGAUAGAGGACUUCUACUACAGCCAUGUUGCAUGUGUGGGAGGAUGUGUCUUGUUCCAGAGUGGACUGUCCAGCACACUGUCUUCCCUGCUGUCCUUCUACAUUCCAGGGGUGAUAAUGCUGGGUGUUUACCUGAAGAUUUUCCUGGUGGCCCGGAAGCAGCUACGAACCAUCCAUAACAUUAACACGACCCGAGCUUCAAACAGCAGCCAGACUAAAGCCACCAAAACGCUCGCCAUUAUUAUGGGAGCUUUCCUCUGCUUCUGGACUCCCUUUUUCGUGGUUAACGUUGCCGAUCCCUUUGUGGGCUACGCCACGCCAGUGGAGCUGUUUGAAAUGCUAGUGUGGGUGGGCUUCAUCAACUCAACCAUUAACCCCUUUAUUUAUGCUUUCUUCUACAGCUGGUUCAGGAAGGCCAUUCGACUGUUUCUCUCGGGGGAUGUCUUUAUCGCAAAUCUCUCAGAUAUCACCCUCUUCAAAGAAUAA